CCCCUGAUUUCUUGGUUAUAUCAACAUGGCAGAUGAAGCCACAAGGAAAAUAGUUUCUCAAAUACCGCUUUUAAAAACCAAUUCUGGGCCGAGAGACAAAGAGCUGUGGGUGCAGAGACUGCGAGAAGAAUAUAUGUCUCUAAUUAAAUAUGUCGAAAACAACAAAGCAGCGGAUAACGACUGGUUUCGUCUCGAAUCCAAUAAAGAAGGUACAAGGUGGUUUGGAAAAUGCUGGUACAUCCACGAGCUUCUUAAAUAUGAAUUUGACAUGGAAUUUGACAUUCCGGUCACGUAUCCCGCGACGGCUCCUGAAGUGGCAAUCCCUGAACUAGAUGGCAAGACGGCAAAGAUGUACAGAGGGGGUAAGAUCUGCCUGACGGAUCACUUCAAGCCGCUGUGGGCGAGAAACGUGCCAAAAUUCGGACUGGCUCAUUUGAUGGCGCUGGGACUCGGACCUUGGCUUGCCGUGGAGAUCCCAGACCUCAUUGCUAAGGGGAUAAUACAGCACAAAGAGCAGCAGGGAAGCUGAAAAAUUUGAAAUGAUGAAGUCAACUACCUGUCUUAACAUCCUGACUAAAUGAUCAGCUUGGCAACGCCCCUUUCCCCAACACACUAUGUACAGUGUGACUGGAAAUCCACACGUUCACCCGAACUCAGGCGGGACCAGUCUAGUUUCUGGACUUCUUGUAAAUGUAAAAUGUCUGUUUCCUUUGUGUCUUGGAUUAAAUCAAGUGAAUGGCAUUAUA